CUCUUUAUACUUCUUCUCUUUCUUCUCGUCAAAUUGUUUCGCUUCAAAGCAAAAGGAACACAAACAAAGCUCUGAUUUUUAUCUCAGGGUUGCGAUUCAUACCGACAAAGACUGUAAAUUUUCCGGCUUUUCGAGGAUUUUUAUUUGAUAAGGAAUGGGUGAUCAUUUAGUUUUGUGUGUUGACCGCCUCGUAACACCUGAAAGCUUGCAAUCACUGCAAGGAGCUGAGGCCGCUGGAUCUUCUGGUGAGGGUUCUUCUCAUUCUGCUGCUCUUGAGCCAAAGACAUGUGCUAUUGAUGUUGAGGCUGCUGAGGAACAAGGUUCAUCUGAAGAAGAACCACUUAUUCAGAUGGUAGAAUGUCGAAUCUGUCAAGAGGAGGACAACAUUAAGAAUUUGGAAACUCCUUGUGCUUGCAGUGGCAGUUUGAAGUUUGCUCAUAGGAAAUGUGUUCAGCGUUGGUGCAAUGAGAAAGGAGAUAUAACUUGUGAGAUAUGCCAUCAGCCUUACCAGCCUGGUUAUGUUGCUCCACCACCUCCUCAGACUGACGAUUCUGCAAUUGAUAUCAGUGAUGGUUGGACAAUCUCUGGUGCCCCUCUGGACUUGCGUGACCCUCGAGUUUUGGCAAUGGCAGCAGCUGAACGUCAUCUUUUGGAAGCUGAUUAUGAUGAAUAUGCUGAUGCUAGUGCUAGUGGAGCUGCCUUUUGCCGCUCUGCUGCUUUAAUACUAAUGGCCCUUCUACUCUUGAGACAUGCUAUGUCCCUCACCAAUGGAGAUGGGGAGGAUGAUGCUUCCACUUUUUUCUCUCUUUUCCUGCUUCGUGCUGCUGGUUUUCUUCUCCCAUGUUACAUCAUGGCCUGGGCCAUCAGCAUAUUGCAGCGUCGAAGGCAACGACAGGAAGCAGCAGCACUUGCAGCAACUGAAGUUGCAUUUAUGAUACAGGCAGGCCAACGUCGAGGCUUACAUUUCACAAUAGCGCCAGGACCAGCAGUGACCCCUCAUCAGGAGCCACUUCAAUGAUUUGUAGGCUUUUACUAUGGUGAAAUAAUGUGACAGUGAAGAGGAUAGAUUAGUAAUGAAACUCUGAGGACAUUGUCACUCGUAGUGAAAGAAAAGGGGAAGCUUCCCCCGUUUUCCUCUUUGCUUGCUCUGUUGUAUUUCCUGUUAUUUUUAAGAAAAACAUGAAUUAUUUUUCCUGUUAUUUUUUAACCUUCUUUGUUUUUCUCCUCUCUUUAAGAUAUUCUUCUCACUGCUCACAUAUGUACAUAAAUGUUGAAUUUCACUGCCUUUGUUUAUUGCAUGAGGAACCUGCCUUUGCAGACU